AUGACUGAAGUUGGUUGGUGGAAGUUGACCUUCCUCCGGAAAAAGAAAUCCAGUCCCAAGGUGCUGUACGAGAUCCCUGACACCUAUGCCCAAACGGAGGGAGGCACAGAGACUCCGAGGCCCGACACUGGAGGCCCCAACAGCGACUUUAACACUCGUCUGGAGAAGAUUGUGGAUAAGAACACAAAGGGCAAGCACGUCAAAGUCUCCAAUUCGGGUCGCUUCAAGGAGAAGAAAAAAGUCCGGGCCAUGCUGGCGGAGAACCCCAGCCUCUUUGAUGACCAAGAGAACAAAGGACAGUGA